AUGUUUGGGCUUUUGAACUGCCGGCGCUGCCGUCGCGUGGAGCGGGCUAUCGUCGGCGAAUUGACAUCGCGGACGUGGGCGACCAGAUCGAGUUGCGGGAAUGGCGGAGGGGCACAGGCUGUGGGGGCACCUGCCGCUGCUGGUCCAGUCGAGCUCUAAGGAGUCGGUGGAGUACAUACUGCAGGCGCUGUGGCGGACUCGGAAGACCGGUCUCGACGCCGCCGACCGCGCCAUCAUCCGCGACAUGCUCCAUCUGCCCUCCGAUUCCGACCUGGACCCUCUUUUGGUAUGUCUUCGUAUGUUAAUUCGAAGGUGUGUCUAUGAAAACAUAUCAAAGGAUGAGAUACAGAAGUUGUUUCCACCAGAAGUCCUACCUGAAUUACAAAGAUUACUCACCCUGCUCCUGCAGAAGUUUCAACGAGAAUGGCGCGAAGAUGUACUCAAAGAUCAGGUUUCUUUGCCUCGCCUGAAGGCAAUGACAUGUAAUGUGGUAAAUCAAAAUCAAGAUUCUGUGGAGCAUGUUGCUGUUAUGAAUCUGAAGCUCCAAGGUGAUACACAGUCUUCAUCAGAUGAAACACAGGUUAAAUUCCAAUUGGCAAGAGAUACCCUCGAGACAAUGUUGAAGUCUAUGUACUUCAUAAGAGAUCAAAUGUCCAGUGGGGAUGCUACCUCUAAUGGACCUGGGCAAGAACAGGGAGCAGCCGAAACAGCCUUAACAUAAAAUCUUGGGAUGCCUCGCCUAUGUAUUAUAGUUUUCUUUCUUUGCUUAACACUGACAUAAUAUUCUGUGUUCUUAUUCUUCUCAAUCCUGUGACUCUGGAAUUUUGAAGCUACUUAGCAACCCUUUUGUUUCCCAACUAAACUCAUCCAACUGUAUGUAUAUGUGUGUAGCAUGGGGACAAAUACUGUCAAUUAGGUUUCAUUUUCAGAAUGUGUUUAGAUCAUUUUCAAUUUAUUCUAGAAACAAAACAUCUUAUUCUUUUGAGAAGUAGGGAAUUCAUUGAAAA